CGAGCGCCCGGGCGGCUGCCCCAGCUGGGCAGUGCUGCUCUGCGCUGCGCCGCGCUCGGUGCCUGCGCUCCCCUCUCCGCGCUCCCCGCCAACCGCCCCGGGGCGGGAGGCGCGCCCGGCAGCGGGGCGUCCAGACAAAGGAGGCGCGGCAGAGCCGGCGCGCGGGCGGACGGACCAUGGACUCCGAGCGCGAGCGGCCGGCCCCAGCCCUGAGGACCCGGCGCUCCCGGGCCCGGCCCUAAGGCGCCCGGCCCCGCCGCCCGGGGCGCCCAGCGCGGAGGACGCGGAGCCCGCGCGGCACGGAGGAGGCGGCGGCCACCGAACUAGAGGGGCGCCGCGGCGGUCGGCGCGCGCGACCCCCGGAGCCAUGGGCAAGUGCAGCGGGCGCUGCACGCUGGUCGCCUUCUGCUGCCUGCAGCUGAUCACUCGUUUGCGUGGGUCUCUGCCUCUGGUCUCCGCCCCACUGAGCGUUUCUCACAAACUCUCUGCUCCUGUGUGUCUCUCUCCGCGUUUCUCCUUGGUGGCUGCGCUGGAGCGGCAGAUCUUUGACUUCCUGGGCUACCAGUGGGCUCCGAUCCUAGCCAACUUCCUGCACAUCAUGGCAGUUAUCCUGGGCAUCUUUGGCACCGUGCAGUACCGCUCCCGGUACCUCAUUCUGUAUGCAGCCUGGCUGGUGCUCUGGGUUGGCUGGAAUGCAUUUAUCAUCUGCUUCUACUUGGAGGUUGGACAGCUGUCCCAGGACCGGGACUUCAUCAUGACCUUCAACACAUCCCUGCAUCGCUCCUGGUGGAUGGAGAACGGGCCAGGCUGCCUCGUGACACCUGUCCUGAACUCCCGCCUGGCCCUGGAGGACCACCAUGUUAUCUCUGUCACCGGCUGCCUGCUCGACUACCCCUACAUUGAAGCUCUUAGCAGUGCCCUGCAGAUCUUCUUGGCUCUGUUCGGCUUCGUGUUCGCCUGCUACGUGAGCAAAGUAUUCCUGGAAGAGGAGGACAGCUUCGACUUCAUCGGCGGUUUUGACUCCUACGGAUACCAGGCGCCCCAGAAGACGUCGCAUUUACAACUGCAGCCUCUGUACACGUCUGGGUAGCGUUUGCCCCACGCCCACCCCGGCGGCUAGACUGACCGCCGCUGCCGCGAGCUCUGGCCAAAAUGGCAGGCGCGCCCCCUGGCGGCUCCCUGACUGACUGCAGCCUGAGCCGGCUGGAUCUGGGUCAGAAGCUGACUUGGACUUGGCCCUUAGCAGCCUGGACUUGAGGGGUGGGGCGGGGAGACGGGUGGGACGGGGAGAAUUGCGGGGUUUGUAUUUUUUUUUUAAUCUCAGCCUUGACGUGUGCGGGAGACCCCCCCCCCCGCCCUUCUCCAGCCUCCCCUUUCUCCCUUCUUCCCCCAGCAUCCUGUCCCCUGUCCAGAGGGAAAGGGCAGGAGAGACACACACACCCCAUCUCGCCACAUUUAUUCACCAGCCCUGGGGAAAGUUCCCCCGAACAAUGAAGAAGAGGAGUCCUGGGUUCUAAUCUCAGCUCCAUCACUAACUCUGUGUGACAUCUGGCAAAGCCCUUGUCUUCUCUGGGCCUUAGCUUCUCACCUCAAAUAAUUAAAAUAAUCCCUUAGUAAAUGGAGUUCUUUCUAGCCUUUUCAUUUGACUCUCAAUUCUCUGGACUAUACUGGGAUUUUGCUAUAAUCCCCAUUUUGCAGAUAUGGAAACUGAGUCCCAGAGAUGUAAAGCGAUUUGCUUGAGGUCACACAGCUGGGCUUUUGGUGGAGGCAGGUUUGAACACAGUAUAUCAUCUAUAGUUUCGGACUCCAAAACCCAGUGUCCAGUUUCUGAAUUCCAUUUCCAAGCGCCCUUCCAACCUGGACACUCUAGAACCCAUAUGGCAUUCACCACUCUCACAUACCACCGCCACCACUCGCCAAUGCCUCUCUUAAAGCAAUAUACCCGUUCUCUUGUUGGAAAUGGGAUGGACAGAUCCCAGAGCCCUGCAUUCAGCCUGACCUACACGGAAGCCUUCUUAGACUUGGCCUCUGCCCACCCUUGGCAAAGCUUUCGAGCGUUCUCUAGCAAAGGGAGGACGCAACCCCAUCCCCCCACUCCCUCCCAGGUCCCUGAGGCUGCUGCACCCAUGACCCCUCACGCCCUCAGCAACUUUGCCAGCCUCUAAGGACACCAUCCACUUCAUCUGAUGAAAGACCAGUGGCUCCAGCAUGGAAAAGGGCUCACCCGUGCUGCCCCGUCACUAGUGCUGCAAGAUCACCAGCGUUCACGAUCGCGUCGGUGUCCAGAAGCAACUUCUAACAACCCCAGAAGUUGUUCCGGAGGGGCAGAAUGGGGGCGGGGUGCCCCUGGGGAGAGGGGUCUGGAGGCCAGCACUCUUCCUUAAGAGCAAGUCGACGUAAGGGCUCAGUCUCCUCACCUCCCUCCUCAGACACCUCUGACGACCCUGCAUCCCUGGCUGGUGAAUCUGAGGCAGGAGGAUCGGGCCUCAGCUUCCAGUUUGUGAAACAGGAGUGGCCCUGGCUUAGGAAGGAGGGUGGGAGGCCCGGGGGAGCCAGGUGGAAGUACAGACGGUCGUACACCUGAGCCCCUCCAUGGUGACCGUUCCUCACUCUCCAUGCUAUGAUCUGCCAUCCCCUUCUGUCUAAGGCCAAAAUGUCCUGAACUCAGACCCCACCCCAACAUCUCAUGUGCAGGUCUGUGCUGAAGAGCCUACCCUGGGCAUUUCUCUGGUCACUACAGGACCUGAGAUCAGCCCUGGUCAGCUACAGGUGCAGCUCCAGUGGGUGACGGUUCCUUCCGGCCUGGCUGCUGCUCUGCCCCUGGGCCAACUCCUGCCUCCAGCCCUCUCUUCUCCCACCCCCAGCUGUCAUCUCACCCUGAACCCCUUUUCUACUCAGCAGGUUUAGCCACUGGUGCUUUGAAGCCUUUUGUUUUUAUAAGAUGGUUUCUUUUUUUCAAGGAGACCAGGUUUUCGUCUCACUGGGACCUUGCAAGGCAGGGAGUGUUGCCCUGGUUUUUGUGCAGGUGGGUUGAUUAAAGACGGUGUUUUCUUCUCU